CUGAAUCUGAAACUUUUGUCUGCACACAUCUACUCUCUUUAUAUCGUCUUCUCCGUCAACGAAACCUCACUUCUAUCCAUUCUGUUCAUUUCGACUGAAAGUUCUCACCUAACCAUGUCUGAUGCGUCUUCCCAGGGAACGUUGUACAAGCAGAUAGAUACCUGCCCUGAUGGUGACCUGGAUGUUGUUGUGAGAGAAUACGAGAGACAUAAUGAAUACCCCAUCCAAGGCGUCACGUUUAAGACCCAGAGAAAGGUCGUGAUCAGUUCGAGUGAAGAUAACGUGAAGGCUGUUGAGAUUUGGCUGCGAUGUUUCCACGAGACAUUGCAAGAAUCGCUUGGGUCAGAGACUAUUUCCGUUGCCGAAAUUUGGCACAUCAUCAUGGCUGGCGACAAGUACGGAUUUGAGCUGCCCAGGUUGUAUGACUGGCUUGUUGCCUGGUUUGCUAAGAAUACACCUGAUGCACCGAAAAGUUUGACUUUUAACUUUGCGCCCUCGAUGCUGUUCCCUUGUUACGCAUUCAACUACGCGGAGGGCUUUCAGAUCGUGACCAGGAGGCUCGCAUAUCAUGGCGUCAAGUUCGUCCACGAGGUUAACCCCACGAGCAUAUACCAAAUGCAUAUGCCUCAACGUAUCAUCCAGCAAAUCAACGCUGCAAAAGGGAGAUUGCGCAAUAUCUUCCUACGGGAAUUGAACAAAGGCAUGCUUCAUCUUCUGGAUGCCGCAAGAUGCAACUGUAAAGAGAUGACCUUCUACAACUUCCACAAGGAAUUGCGGCGUAUCAAGGUUUAUCCUCCAGAAGAACACAUGGCAUCGUCCAGCAUCGAUGGUCUUCUUCAGCGACUGAAGAGUUUCGACAGUUCUCGCAUGACCCAGAGCAAGGACAAGGCCAGCCUCUGUCAAUUCUGUGCGAAAGAUUGGAAAGAAACUGUGUGCGAUGUGAUCCCGACCGUCGGAAAAUAUUUUGAUGGACAGUGUCUAGACUGUCUGGAGAAUAGCAAGAACACCGAUCAGGAAUACUGGAGUCUCCAUCUGGAUUCGGGUCGGUAUGAUGAAGAAUGCAGGAUUACCCAUGGAGAGCCAGCCCAUUAUUUCAGCUUCAUGGGACGACGCGAGAAACGUGGACUGAUUGCCGACGCUUGAGGCGCAAGCUUCAGGUGCCAGGAUAUCAAAUGGUGGAAUCAUGGCAAGCAAUGGAUGGUAGGAGAUGGGAAAGUCUGUCGGGCCAUGGCGUCGCAGGAUGAAUGUCUUUCGAAACGAGGCUGUGAUGCUUGGUCAGGCGAGAUUACUUCUUGUUGUCAAUUCUGCGGCAAUUAUUUGAAAAUCCUUACAGACCUGUAGCCGCGAGCUGGAAACAAU